GUCGUCGCUCUUGUAGAUUCUCGAUUCGUGGUUGUGGUCGUUAAUUCGUGACGAGAGCUCGACUUGACACAGCUCACGCAAGGUAUCUCCAAGGCAGUAAUCGGUUUUCCCUUCUGUUAAUUCUUGCGACUGACACGACGAAACUGUGCAGAUACAUCGUAGUUUAUCUUUCGAGCAGAGUAAAACAUGUCGGACACACGACGACGUCGAAAAUCCAAUCAAUCAUGUGGUUCUGAUGAUCUCUCGGAUUCUUACGAGGAGCUGAACGCGACAAAGGAGACCCAGAGUAGUGAACAGACUGAUGGACAUCAAGAUUCAGAAUGUGAUAUUUAUGAAAGUGAUUCGGAUGCCGAAUCGCAGGAAGGUGGUGAACAACGUGAAAGCGGGGAUGGUCAAGAGGAAGAGAAACCGCAAAAGAAAUUGGAUGAUGACGAGGAUAGACGUAAUCCACAGUAUAUUCCGAAACGAGGAACAUUUUACGAGCACGAUGAUCGUACAACUGAUGAAGUAACUGAUAGUAAUGUGGAAACACAAACAAGUGCAAAAGAAACUAAGGAGAAGAAGGUAUGGAAGGAUAAGGAAGAUAGGUGGGAUCAUGAUCGAUAUAAUGAUGAAGAACAAGCUCCGAAAAGACCUGAAGAAUUGAUAGCAACAUAUGGUUAUGAUAUUAGAAAUGAAGAAGGACCACCUAGAGCUAGAAGGAGAAGAAGAUAUGGUCGUGGCCCUAACAAAUACACAAGAAAUUGGGAAGAUGAAGAUGCUUAUGGAAAAACUACUACUCCUAGUAGAGGAAAUAACAGACGCUUCCACAAAAAUAAUGAAGAUUUUCCUGCUCUUGGUAAUAGUAAGAAUACUUCGAAUAAAGUAGAGGAGCCUGUAAUUUCGUCAGCUUGGUAUAGUAGCAAGAACAAAACACAGAAUAAAACACAAAAUUUUCCGCCACUUCAAUCUCAGCAGGAUAACACAAAGACUAAGCCUACUACUGUCUCUAAUACAUUCAUAAAUGAAAAUAAAGCACCAGAUGAAUCUAUCAAUACAUCAUGGAAAAAGGAUAGCAAGCAUACUGUUCAAAAUCAAAAUACAAAUGGGAGCGCAGGAUCUGGUGACGCAGAAAAAUUAGCUAAUAUCAAAAUAUCACCAAGAGAGAAUAACAAGAGGAAUCCCCAAGAGUCUGUAAGCUUGGCUGCAAGUAGGACGCGUGGAAGAGGUUUCAAGUCCAAUGCUAAUAACAACAUGGUCACUAACAGAAUAGUUGAGAAUAAAUCGAAGGGACGUGGCCCUGGUUCAGUUACAAUCGAGAAUAGACGGAACAAUACUGCGCAGCAUAAUGACGAGCAUCAACUUGCUCAUGAUAUGAAACAAGUCAAUAUUAAUGAUGAUAAUCAAUAUCAUCAGCCUGUACGACAUAACAAAGGCUUUUUUGCAUCCUCCAAUCAACAUAGAUCAAACACAGUACCACCUAGAAUGCAACAGCAGCAACAAUCACAUCAGCAACAAACUCAUGCACAACCACCAAUACAACAACAACAACAGCAAGAUAGUUCUGGAAGCAGACCAAAACGAUACUCCAGUCUUCGUCAACGACCUACUAUUUCAGAAACUUCCACGCAACAAAAUUAUGCAUCUCAGCAUGCUCAACAUGGAUAUUUUCCACCUCAAGCUGGAAAUUCAAGAGCUGUUUUAGAAUCUCAAGGUUAUCCGCAAGGUCAUUUUGAACAGUCUUCUCCAGCCACAGCACCCAUGGCAGGACAACCUGUUAUUUCUUUACCACCUGGUGGACAACCUGCUAGUUACGCACCGCCGGCAUUUUUAGUACCACCACCACAAUUCAUACCUCCUCAAACAGCGCCUCCUAGUAUAAUUAAUUAUGUUCCUGGUCCGAACGGACCGACAUUUUCAACAAACUUUCAAGGUUAUCAGGGAUAUAAUCCUUCGGUACAGCCUCAAGGUCCACCACCACCACAAGAAUUGUUCCAACCACAAGGAUGUACUUAUUACAGUCCAGCGCAGCAACAACAGCAGCAACAACAAGCAGCUCUUAUGCGGCGACCGAAAGCGGCGAUACCCAUUCUUCCACCGCCUGAUAAUCAGCAAAGUGGCAGAGGAAGAGGUAGAAGCACUCAGCAAUAUCAGAAUAAUCAAUCUGGUAAUAAUACGCAACAGAUCGAGCAACAAGAAGUCAAGAGUGGUAACGAGCUGGAAUGUGACGAAAAAUCAAUGCCGGGACAAUUCGACAGUGUACAAGUCGAGCAGUCAUACACAUCGGAUCAAGAGUCUCAAAAGAAUCAAAUUUCGGAUAUAGUCAGAACAGUGAAUGAUACAGACGAAAAAAUAGAAAUUAAUACCAACGUCGAUAAUCGUAUCAUUGUUGAUGUGCUUGUUCAGAAGGAUAACUUAGAGGAUAGCAUCAGUGUCAAAGAACUGUUGGAAACAACUUCUAAUGAAAAAAAUACGAUUGUAGACAGUCCAACGACGUUGCCCGUUAUUGAGACUGAACGCGAAUUAGGUAAUAUUGAAUCCGCGAUUCCCGAGAGUACCAUUGUGGAAAAAGCUGCAGCUUAAAAAGAGGUAAUAAUUAUUAUUAUUUGCGCUUCGCAUUCACAUACACAGCGAUCGCGUUCCUCUUGUCGCAAGUUGGGUAGAUGGAUGUUGCUCUGCAGACUAUUCACAAUGCGAUUGAGGAACGUUGCUUCUUAUUAACUUAUGGAAACAAUAAUCCAUAUUUGUAUUAAUAAUAAAUAUUCAAAUAGCAGUCUUAUAAUGCUGAUGUUAUUGCUUGAUAUAUAAAAUAAUGAUGAUUUUUUUUUCAUAUACAAAAUUUAUCUAUAUACCUGAUCAUUAUUUAGUGAAAGACAUUAUCAUGUAAUAUAUUCGGCAGAGUCGGCAGCUGCACGAGCCAUGUGACUGUGACUUGAUAUAUAUAUAAAACUAAUAUAAUUAUAUAUAUAUAUAUAUAUAUAUAUAUAUAUAUAUAUAUAUAUACACAUACUUACUUUUUCAAUGUUAUGACUACCUACAAUGCAGAAAUGUUUGUAGUUAUAAUAUUAACGAAAUACAUUUCAUUGAACAACAUAUAAGUUGUGCAUCUCUUUGUAUAUGUAGAGAAAUAAUAUUUUGUAUGCAAUCUGGGGAUAACCUAAUCAAUAUUUAAUUUAACAGAUAUAUUUGUUGUUUUCAUCUCUGUCUUCUUUACAUAGUUUUACAUACUUUUCUUUUCGUUUCUUUCUCCAAAGGAUGAAAAGUUGAAGAAAUUAUAUUAGAAAAUGUGUAAAAAAAGCAGCUGAAAAAAUAGAUCUAAUAUCCAUUUAUCACUUUUUCUUUCUUUUAUAUUAUAAUAAUUCUUUCUUUAUUAUAUUUUAUUUACAUAUUUUGAGUUUUACAAAAUGGCUAUUAUCAUAAAUAAUAUAUAUACAAAUUUCCCUUUUUUUAUGAUAUUUAAGCUAUAAAUCUAGAAUCUUAAUUGAAUAUAAUAGAGAAUGCUUCAUCAAUUGAAUAAAAUAAUUAAAUUUUUACAUUUUAAAAACGGUAAAAGUGCUAAGAAAAAAAUAAGUGAUUUAUUUUUUUUUAACUUGUCACAAUUAUAUUUAGGAGCAAUGGCAAAAUUGUACAAAAUCGUAAAAAACAAAAUUCUAUGAAAGAAUUUUCAAAAGAAAUUUAUAUAUGAUAAAAAAUUGCAUUUUUGCGCAAUAAACUGUAAAAUUAAAUGAAAAUGAGUCGAGAAAGAACACGUAAUUUGCUUUAGCAUAUUGUACAGUUUAUAUAACUAGUACCAUAUGUGUAAUAACUUUAUAAUAACUUUAAGAAGGAUUACACACACUUUAUUAAACUUUGUAGAUAUAUUCUGAUAUGUCUGAAAUGUAUCAUAGAAAAUAAAUAUUACAAAUGAUACACAAAACGAAA